CAGAAAUAUGUGUGUACUAUACUACAAGUGCUGGCAUCUUCAUCCAGAAAUUCCAACUUUAUUUAACAUAAAACUUACACCAUGACUUAACUUUCCAUUUAUUUCUUCAUCUAUGAUCUAUCUAAUCUCAUGGAUUCAAAUUCACACUUAGAAUCUCACCAAGGAGGAUGCCAUUGUGGAAGAAUUAGAUACAAAUUUGAAGCACCCAAAAGUGUAACUGCUUUUAAAUGUAACUGUUCUAUGUGUUCUAAAAGAGGGAAUAUUUCCUUCAGUGUUCCUAAACACAACUUUUCUCUACUUUCUGGAGAAUCUUACAUUACCACCUAUAGCUUUGGUACUCAUACUGCUAAGCAUACUUUCUGCAAUGUCUGUGGCAUCACCUCCUUCAACAUUUCGAGGUCGAAUCCUCAUGCUGUGUCGAUUAAUGUUAAUUGUGUUGAUCCAGGGACGCUUACCCAUGUUGAGAUUCUGAGUUUUGAUGGUCGUAAUUGGGAGCGUACUCAUUACUUGCGUACGAAGAUGAAGGAAGCUCAGUUGAGAGGGGAUAAGGACAAUUCCUCGAAUGAGUCUAGUGACCAGGGAUACGAGGUAGGAAGCGAUGUUUCUAAUUCACUACCUCAAUCUCAUUAGUCAGUCAUAUAUGGAAAAAUAGAAACUGUACUGUUGGCUUUUGUGAAUUACUACUAUCGUAUAUGUAUCAUUGUAUGUUGAUAGCAACAUUACUUACAGUAAUUCCAACUUGGAAAAUAAAUUUGUAUCAUUGUAUGUUGAUAACAACAUUACUUACAGUAAUUCAUACUUGGAAAAUAAAUUUUCAUUUCUUGUAUAA